AUGUUCUGCAGCAGUCUUCUCACCCUAUCAAUAAGGUUCAGUUAGCCAAGGUGGAGGAUGGGAGCAGCAUGGAACUGUCCCAGCUCCUCAAUGAGAUCAGGGCAAACUAUGAAACGCUCCUCAGCCGAAGUCAGAUAGAGACCAUCCUCUCGGCAGGGACCCAGGUAAUGUCCAUAUACAGACAGGCACCUACUUGAAUAAGGAGACAAUCCAGUGUGCACUCAGUUCCUCUCUCAGCCUCUGUGAGAAAUAGAACAGCAUCUUGCGGUGUGCCUGGGCCUCCUCCUUAACAACUGAUUCACUUCUUUAAGAAAACAGAAGGAUCGCCCAUCCCCAGAAGGGAAUCUGUCAAUCACCAUAACUCCUAUAGCUUUUGUGGAUUAUUUGCUGGAAAAAGUCACAACUGCAAGAAUGAACAAAGAUGAAGAAAUCUUAAAGGCAGCCAGGGCAGAACUAAACGAAGCUAGACGCCAGUGGCAUCAUAUGCAGACCGAAAUAGACUCUCUUCAUGCCAUGGAAAGGGGGUUGGAGAAUUCGCUACAGGCCACAGAACUACGAUACCAAACACAGCUCAAGCACUUGGAAACAGAGAUUGAAGGUCUGGAAAAGGAGCUCCAAGAAGUGCGGCAGGACAUCGAAAAACAACUCCAGCAACAUGAAAUAUUAUUAAAUUCCAAGAUGAGACUUGAGCAGGAAAUAGCUACCUAUCGUAGUUUGCUGGAGAAGGAAGAGAAAAGGUUUCAUUAUUUAAAACACGAAGAAACAAAAGAUAUCAGAAAACCUACCACCAGCCGAAUAGCAUUUAUUUUACCUUCAUCAAGCAAGCUAAAAAAACAUGAAAUUGAAAAAGUUGAAAUAUUGACAAAGCAAGCAGUCUUAAAUGGAGGUGUUGCAAAGGAUAGCACAGAGACUCAUAAUACAAUACAGACAGAAAAAGUAGAUGAAGUGAUUAAAGAAUGGGAAGGCUCUUUCUUCAAGGAUAACCCUCACUUAAGAAAAAAGUCUGUUUCUUUGCGCUUUGAUCUUCACCUGGCAGCUACAGAUGAAGAUUGUUUACAUAUGAAACAGAAAAGUCUGCCUGAUAUUGAAGUGAGGUUGGUUAUGAGACGGUCUUGCAGCAUCCCAUCAAUCAAAACUUAAAUCAACAUCAAUUUAUUCAAAGAUUAUUCAUGGAAUGGAUUUAAAAAAUAAAUAUUGAUAUGAAUCUAGAAGAAACAUAUGAUCACUUCUUAGCUAGAAGAACUUUGUUUCAAAUAAUAGAGCUUUCCCUAACUGAUAUUCUUUACAGGUGUUGAACAACUUUCAUGAAUCAAAGAUGAUUAGGGGAUGAUGUGAAUUAUGAUACUAUCUUCUAAAGAUAGAAAAGAUUAAAGGUCUUGCAUUACAAACUCAUAUUAGGUCAGUGAUAUAUAUUUGAAGAAGUGCUUUGUGUUUUUGUUUUCCUCCAUAUACUAUUUCUUUGAAUUUAGAAUUUUAACAAGUAUUUAAAUAAUGCUUUCAAAUAUUUGCUUUUGUAGGACUAAGAACCAACACAUGUAAGAUCUACAUUUGAAAGGGAUUAUCAUAUGAAGGGUUAAGAUUAAGGUUUUAUUCCAUUUGGCAUUGUUAUAGUUAUGAUUAAAUUAUCAAAUAGCUGUA